AUGGCAUCUCUCAUCCGAGUCAUUGGAUCCCUCAAUGCAGAUAUGGUCUCAGUCACACCUAGGUUCCCAGACCCAGGCGAGACAAUCACCUCCUCAUCCUACUUCACCAGUGCGGGCGGCAAGGGCGCAAACCAAGCCGUGGCAUGCGGGCGCAUGUCUCGAGCCAAGUCAACAGGCACCACAAACUCCACAAGCAACGUCAAUGUCGAGAUGAUGGGCGCAGUGGGUGGCCUAGACGGCCACUUCUCCGCUUUACUUAAACCGACCCUCGAGAGAUCCGGAGUCGAUCCAUCCCGAGUGAAAGUCAUCGACAACGCAUACACGGGCAUGGCAGUGAUCAUCGUGGACUCUUCGGCGGGUGGCGAGAAUCGCAUUCUCUUCUCGCCCGGUGCAAAUUACGAUGGCAUGCAGCCUACCCCUGAUGUGCUAGGUAUGGCGCUAGCAGCGCCCGUACCCGAUGUUAUCGUUAUGCAGAGCGAGAUCCCAGUCGAGACGAUUAUUGGCACACUACGUGAGAUCGCAGCUUAUAAGGCCAAGACUCGUGUUGCUGGCAAAAAAGGCAUUGAAUGCGGUCCGGAUGUUAUGCUCAACCCGGCACCUGCGCCGCCCGGCGGUUUGCCCGAGGAUGUAUACGCUGCUGUCGACCAUUUAAUCCUAAACGAGACGGAGGCUGAGUUGAUGACUCCCCCUGCGGAGCAACUGCUUCGCACAGUUCCGGACGCUGAGGGCUUGGAUGGGAAGGAGAAGGUCGCUCGGUAUUUCCACAAAUUGGGUGUCACCUACAUUCUCAUCACCUUCGGAGCGAAAGGUGUUUGGUACAGUGCCGCAGAUGCCGGCUCAUCUGGACCCAGUGAUGGAGUUCAGCGCUUCACUAACGACAUUCCAGCUGCCCCUGUCUCUCAGGUAUUGGAUACUACUGGCGCAGGUGAUACGUUUGUUGGGGCCUAUGCGGUCAGGGUGGCACGGGAGCGUGAGCAGCGUCGCGCGGAAGGCAAGGCUGGGCAGGAGGUUGCCGAUGAUGAGAAAGAAUACCGGUACAAGACUGUCAUGGACGAGGCGAUGCGCCUGGCUGCGCGUGCCUCGGCUCGGGCUGUGGAACAUCAGGGUGCUAUGGAUAGCAUUCCUUUUGAGGAUGAGAUCUGA